AUGGUCCACGGCGAUAUUCAUGAUCUUCACACAAUAUCAACAGAAUUGACUCUUGCCACUCUCAUUGCCAAUGCGGCAAAUACCUGUGAUGGCUCUGACACUUCAGUAAUCCAACUGCGGGUCUUGUCUGGUCCAGUUGCGGUGGAGAAGACGUGGAGUCGCCGCGAACGGGAUGAGUUCCUUCUUUGUUUAGAUCGCAGCGUAGCGCGUGUGUACCCACCACUCGACCCACUGCAGUACACACAAACACCACCAGAGUUAUUAGUGAUGGAGGAUCACGUGCGAAUGGCACGAGUGCACAUAACACCAACAAUACGGUUUUGUCCUGACCUCUCAUCUCCACACGGUGUGGAAGGGGAUGGAAAGAUCUCAUCAAAUACGUUAAAAGUAGUGGAAGAGGAAGAAGGGGAGGAGGAGGAGAGAAAUGAGGACGAGACCACACAAAAACGGCGGCGAUGGAAAAAAGCCGCGUGGUUAACCGCACGUGUGUUUAACGAGAGUAGUUGGCAUCUGGUAGAGAGAAUACCUUCAAAGGGGCGUGAGCAGCAUAAAGGUGAGAACAAUAACAACAAUAACAACAAGGUCAAGAAUAACUAUAAGAAAGAAAAGAAUGUUAUUGAUAUGGCUAUACAUCAGGAAAAGAAACGUAUUCUGCAUGUGGAUGUACACGGGAUGGAAAUCAUUGGUCGUGUUGUUGCACUUUCAUCACAGUACGCAUACAUUGCCGUUCCAUAUAUACAGGAUGAACAGACAAAACCAAAAUGGGUUUUUGUUAGUCGAGUAGGGAUACCAUCUGUAUUGGCAUCUGCUGCAGAAACUACACGAAAACGUAUAAGAAGUGAUUCUUUAGAUGAUCAUACCGAAGAAUUCCUUAAUGAAAAGGAAUUAACAGCACACGAAGUAGAUUCAUUGCGAUAUCUUCAAUCUAAUCAACGUGUACAAGUAACACUUCGUACACACAAGGUAUAUUGCAAGCGGUAUGGAGCUGCUACAGUGAAACCUGAGCAUCUUUCUCUUACUUUUGAAGAUGCUACUGUUCUUAACGUCCUUAAUAACGUGUCAGAAUCUGUUAUUGAACAAAAUAAGACUGAAUCUCUUACCACAUUUACAGAUAUUUUAUAUAUUGUGCGAGAAAGCUGUGCACGUUUUCUUCGUGGUUAUAAUAAAUACUUGACAUCAUCAUCAACAGGAGGAGGUGGAGGAGUUAGUGGUAAUGGUGGUGGUGGUAGUAGUAGUAGUAGUAGCAUGACUGCGGAGGAUCGUCUGUUCACUAUGUUAACCGAUACCGUAUCUGUACAUGUGAAGAAGGCACGUGGUAAGGACGGACGGCCGCCGGUGACGGUGUCCUCUCCACAAGAAAUCCCAAUGCUCGUAGAAGGCACAUGUGUGGAGUUUAAGGCAAAGAUUAACAAAUGGGAAGAAGAGACGGAUGAUACUCUUCACAAGGGAGAUAUAAAUGGAAGUAUGGAAUCGCAGCGGAAAGCACGAAUGGGACUUAUGAACUUGGAACGUAUUCGCAACACCAUUGCGGCGAUGGCCUCCACACUGGGCGGUGUAGUGUUGAUUGGUGUUACCGACGAUGGAAAGGUGAUUGGACACACCAGAGAGGCAUUACGGGAGUUGCGAUUAACGGGAUUUUGCCCAGCAAUGGUGAAGGAUAACGUGAAACUCACAGAGAUGCGGGCACUCAUGGGAAAUCGACCAACAUCUAUGCCAAAAGAUUGGUGGAAGAAAAAACAACCAUCACAGAUACAAUCACAGAAAGAACAAGAAGAAGAGAAAAAGGAAGAAGAAAAGGUAGAUGCGGAUCGUGUUAUUACAAUUAUUACAGUCGGGCGAGGACAGGCACCAUUUUAUUCGACAUCACGUCACUCUGUACCGUAUAUGCGUGGAUUUGCAAGUACUGUACCAAUGCCUGUUGUUGUUUGUGCCCGACGUAUCGCUAAUCUUCUACCGUAG